AUGUCCACUGUGCUGGAAAACAUCAUUUCCAUCAUUGAUAUUUUCCACCAAUAUGCAGAAAAAGAUAAGGAGACUGACACAUUGAGUAAAAAGGAGCUGAAGGAACUUCUGGAAACACAGUUUCGGCCAGUCCUAAAGAAUCCAGAUGAUGCGGAUGUUGCUGAUGUCUUCGUGCAUAUAUUAGAUAUAAACCACAAUGAGAAAAUAGACUUCACAGAGUUUCUUGUGAUGAUAUUCAAGUUGGCUCAAGCAUAUUACAAGUGGGCCAAGACACAGAACUUCCAAACAUCACCAUCAAAGAACAAAAAGUAUACACAACAUACAAGACACAGACAAGAGAGACGACAUGAGCAGUCGGGAGACAGGUCCCAGCACUCCGGCGCUAGGCAUGCACAACAUCCAUCAACGUCCGGUGACCGAGGCCAGCGGGGAUCCACUGUCAGUCAGGUCAGUGAUAGCGAAGGACAAUCAGAAGAUGCAGACAGCCACUCAGAGGCAGCCCACGAAUGGAGUGGGCAACAUCAGAAGAACCAUGGAGACUCCAUCCACAGCCAGUCAGAGGAAAGGUCCAGACACUUGGGGUCUCUCCUGUACCAGAUAAGCUCUCAUGAACAGCCUGAGUCCUCCCAUGGACAGCACCGGUCCGACAGUAGAGGAACACAGGGAUCGCGCCAAGAGCAGGGUCGAGAUAGCUCUAGACACUCAGUGGCUCAUGAGGGUGAGGCAAGCAGUCACGGGCAAUCCACAUCAAGCGGAGGAAGAAGGGAAAGAGCCCACCAGGAGCAAUCAGGAGACAGGUCUGAACACACAGGGUCCCGUCACCACGUGUCUGAUUCUGCCAACGGUCAGUCAGUAUCCAGAAGUGCUAGCAGGCAAAGAUCUGGCCAGCAACACUCCAGAGACUCGGCUAGGCGAUCAGGGUCACGUCACGAGGAGAGAUCCCCUCAGGAAGGCAGAUCGAGACACUCAGUGUCAGGGCAAGGAGUAGUUUCUGAGACCAGGACAAGCAGACACCAAGGAUCCAACGUCAGUCAUGACGAUGAGAGUGAAAGACACUCGGAAGACUCAGAGAGACAAGCUGGCUCUGGAUCCAGAAACCACCAUGGAUCCGCCCAAGGCCAGUCAAGAGACAGCUCCAGGCACUCAGGCUCACAUCAAGGGCACAGGGCUUCCCAUUGGGAGUCUAACUCUGCUCUUGCACACUCAGGAUCCAGUACAAGAAACAGACAAGAGAGACGACAUGAGCAGUCGGGAGACAGGUCCCAGCACUCCGGUGCUAGGCAUGCACAACAUCCACCUACGGCUACUCACCAAGCACAGUGGGGAUCCAGUGUCAGUCAGGCCAGUGAUAGAGAAGGACAAUCAGAGGAUGCAGACAGCCACUCAGAGGCAGCCCAGCAAUGGAGUGGGCAACGUCAGAGGAACCAUGGAGACUCCGUACACAGCCAGUCAGAGGAAAGGUCCAGACACUUGGGGUCUCUCCUGUACCAGAUACACUCUCAUGAACAGCCUGAGUCCUCCCAUGGACAUCACCGGUCCUACAGUAGAGGAAGACAGGGAUCGCGCCAAGAGCAGGGUCGAGAUAGCUCUAGACACUCAGUGGCUCAUGAGGGUGAGGCAAGCAGUCUCAGGCAAUCCACAUCAAGCAGAGGAAGAAGGGAAAGAGCCCACCACGAGCAAUCAGGAGACAGGUCUGAACGCACAGGAUCCCGUCACCAGGUGUCCGAUUCUGCCCAUGGUCAGUCAGUAACCAGAAGUGCUAGCAGGCAAAGAUCUGGCCAGCAACACUCUGGAGACUCGGCUAGCCGAUCAGGGUCACAUCACGAGGAGAGAUUCCCUCAGGAAGGCAGAUCGAGAUACUCAGUGUCAGAGCAGGGAGUAGUUUCUGAGUCUGGGAGAAGCAGACACCAAGGAUCCAACGUCAGUCAGGACGGUGAGAGCGAAGGACACUCGGAAGACUCAGAGAGACAAGCUGGCUCUGGAUCCAGAAACCACCAUGGAUCCGCCCAAGGCCACUCAAGAGACAGCUCCAGGCACUCAGGCUCACAUCAAGGGCACGGGGCUUCCCAUGGGGAGUCUGACUCUGCUCUUGCACACUCAGGAUCCCGUACAAGAAACAGACAAGACAGACAACAUGAGCAGUUGGUAGACAGGUCCCAGAACACCGGCGCUAGGCAUGCACAACAUCCAUCUACGUCCAAUGACCGAGGGCAGCGGGGAUCGAGUGUCAGACAGGCCAGUGAUAGGGAAGGACAAUCAGAGGAUGAAGACAGCCACUCAGAGGCAGCCCAGGAAUGGACUGGGCAACGUCAGAGGGACCAUGGAGACUCUGUCCACAGCCAGUCAGAGGAAAGUUCCAGACACUCGGGGUCUCUACUGAUACGCUCUCAUGAACAGCCUGAGUCCUCCAAUGGACAGCAGCGGUCCGACAGUAGAGGAAGACAGGGAUCGCGCCAAGAGCAGGGUCGAGAUAGCUCUAGACACUCAGUGCCUCAUGAGGGUGAGACAAGCAGUCAUGGGCAGUCCACAUCAAGAGGAGCUAGAAGGGAAAGAGCUCGCCACGAGCAAUCAGGAGACAGGUCUGAACGCACAGGGUCCCGUCACCACGUGUCUGAUUCUGCCCAUGGUCAGUCAGCAUCCAGAAGUGCUAGCAGGCAAAGAUCUGGCCAGCAACACCCCAGAGACUCGGCUAACCGAUCAGGGUCACAUCACGAGGAGAGAUACCCUCAGGAAGGCAGAACAAGACACUCAGUGUCAGGGCAGGGAGUAGUUUCUGAGUCCGAGACAAGCAGACACCAAGGAUCCAACGAUCCAGUACAAGACACAGACAAGAGAGACGACAUGAGCAGUCGGGAGACAGGUCCCAGGACUCUGGCGCUACGCGUGCACAACAUCCAUCUACAUCCAGUGACCGAGGGCAGUGGGGAUCCAGUGUCAGUCAGGCCAGUGAUAGCGAAGGACAAUCAGAAGAUGCAGACAGCCACUCAGAGGCGGCCCAGAAAUGGAGUGGGCAACGUCAGAGGAACCAUGGAGACUCUGUCCACAGGCAGUCAGAGGAAAGAUCCAGACACUUGGGGUCUCUCCUGUACCAGAUACGCUCUCAUGAACAGCCUGAGGCCUCCCAUGGACAGCACUGGUCCGACAGUAGAGGAAGACAGGGAUCGCUCAAAGAGCAGGGUCGAGACAGCUCUAGACACUCAGUGGCUCAUGAGGGUGAGGCAAGCAGUCACGGGCAGUCCACAUCAAGCGGAGAAAGAAGGGAAAGAGCCCACCAGGAUCAAUCAGGAGACAGGUCUGAACGCACAGGGUCCCGUCACCACGUGUCUGAUUCUGCCCAUGGUCAGUCAGCAUCCAGAAGUGCUAGCAGGCAAAGAUCUGGCCAGCAACAUUCCAGAGACUCAGCUAGGCGAUCAGGGUCACGUCACGAGGAGAGAUCCCCUCAGGAAGGCAGAUCGAGACACUCAGUGUCAGGGCAGGGAGUAG